GCUCAGGAGUUGCGCAAACCAGCGCACCGGAUCGUUUCUUGACGCUUUUUGUGUAUAAUCAUCGCUGCGCCGUCUCGCUUGCGGCAACGAUUGGCUCUGAGCAACACUCCUGGGAGAGCACUGCCUCCUGCACCGCGCAGACCGCCGCAGACGUCGCUUGUGCGGCAGGGCAAUGGCUCUGAGCUCGAGCGGAGCACUGCUCCUUGCAUCCUGCGCAUGGACCGCCGUCGCUUGGGCGCCGCCUCGACGACUCGCGCCGCUCCGAAUUGGCACUGCGUGGGCGCCGAGGGGUCAUCGCGCAUCACCUAGAGUAAGGCUCCUCGCCGCGACAGAAGAGACGGAAGUCCCGAAAAACGUGCCCGAGGACGCGCCGCUCGAGCUCACGAACAAGAUCCUGCGCAGCAUGCGCAGCUUUCCGGCCCUCGUCGGCGCCGGGGCCUUAUCCUGGCUCGCGCCGCCGACGCUCGUCGGCACGGCGUUCUUCCUGGGGACCGGCACGGACCUGAGUCGGGAGGUGCUCAACUCGAUCGAGGACGUGGUGCUUGCGUCGCUGUCCAUCGUGCUCGGCACGCUAGUAUCGACAGCGGUCUCUGUGCUACGCGACCGGCAGGAGAAGAUUCGGUGCUGCAUGCUCCGGGAGGCCUCUCUAUUGGACACGCUAGCGCAGCAGCUCGUCAAGUUGUUCAGGUACGACAAGGCCCGGCUCAAACGCGUCACGAGCGUCCUCGAGCGCUACGUGGAAGAAAAGCGCAAAUCGAUCCGCAAGUCCACGGUCUACGGCUACCGCGACUACUACGCGCACUGGGACGGCCAGCAGAAGCGGUCCCUCGCGAUUCUCGAUGUGGUCGCGGAAUGUUUAGAUAAUCAGAUCGCCGGCCCGAAGUACGGCUUCUCGCCCUCAUCGUCGACGGCGGCCAUCUACCAGUGCGAAGUCUUAGUUUUUGAGCUCAAUCAGGUCAGGCAGGAGUAUAGAAGUGCUCUGAACGCCUCGCUGCCGCGCGGCGUCUUCACGACGAUCAUCGCCCUGAUGGUCGCUAUUUUAUAUACGUUCGCGUGCCGCGCCGCGGCGAUGGGCUCCUUCGCCGCGACGCGCCAGUUCCUGUCGGAGACGGUCGUGCGCGUGCUGUUCUCGCUGACGGCGACGUCGUUUUUCGCCAUUUUGCAGGUGCUCUCCGACCUCGCCGACACGUACACCGGCGCGAACGAGCAAUUCCGGGUAGACGCGCGCAUUUUGGACGGCGCGACGUUCCGAAUAGCUGGAGCGAAAGCUUUAGCCGAGGGCACGGAGAGCUUCGACAAGGUCCUGCCCGACCUGGCCGAUAGGCCCGACAUGUUUUUAGAUGAUGAGCUCGCGGAGGAGAUCGAGCGGGAGGCCCUGGCGAAGGGCGACCGGGAGAAGUGGUAAUUCAUAG